AUGAACGCGUUGGGCCCAACAACCCAGAGUGGCCGGCCAUCGCGACUGAGAAAAGCUAACGACAACACAGUUGUGAUCCCGGAGCAAGCAGUGACAACAGGUGGACCUGCGGACGCUGGACCCAUCACAACGAGGGCCUCCGCGAGGCGGGCCGCUGCGAAGGUCGCAUCCGUCAAAGAAUCCAGCAAGAAGAACUCAGGGCAGAAGAAAGCGCAAACUUCACGGAAAGUUCCUCCCGGUAAGAAGGGGGGUGAAAAGCAAGGGGCCUCCAAUCCUCCAGAAGAGACAUCUGCUCCUAAGAACGACAUGCAAGUGGCAUCAAAGCGCAAAGGCGACGGUGGUCUUGACCCGGCUCCUCAGGCUGCAAAAGUGUCUCCUGCACCACAGAACGGCGUGCAAGCACCACCGGAGUGCGAAGGCGACGGCGGUCUUGACCUGGCUACUCAGGCUGCAAAAGUGUCUCCCGCACCACAGCCUGAGGACCGGGUCAAGACCGCCGUUGCCUUCUUGCUCUGGUGGUGCUUGCGGGCCGUUCUGUUCGAGGGUCAUGAAGAGGAUCUGGAGGUGCCCGAGGAGCCGGUGGAUGACAUGCCGGAGCUCGUGUCAGAAGCAGAGGAGGAGGAGGAGGAGGAGGAGGAGGAGGAGGAGGAAGAGGAGGAGGAGGAGGAGGAGGAGGAGGACCAUGACCCCGAGCUGUUUGCGAAGCUAUAUAUGUCCCCUGGAGUUGCCGACAGCCAAGGCGUGCACGUCGAGAUAGAAGAAAGUGAAGGCAGCGGCUCAGAUUACCAACAGCCCUCCGAGAGCGAGAAAUCCGAUGAGGAGGCAGAGGUAGUUGGAGGGGCUUCCGAGGUCGAAGAGGUGCUCAAGAACCGCACUCGCAAGGAUGGCAAGGGUGUUGCGAACAGCACUAGGCGUGGUAAAUCCAGAGCAAGGACGACAAGCAAGAGUGCUAAGAUCGGCGAAGAGAAAGAGCCAUCGAAGAAGCGCGGUCGGAAAGGUCGCAAGGACGCUAAGCUUGCGGGCGACGACGGCACGAUUGGCGGCGAAAAUCCAAAGCGUUCCUCACAGCCUGGUCGGAUAUCAAAGGAGCACGAGGAGAUGGUUGCCAAGUUCAAGGGGGAGAUGGACGUGUUCAUCUCCAAGAUGGCGAAACUGACUCAGAAGUCGCCGGCAACAAUCGCGCGACUCCUCCAGGAUGAUGGACCAGCGAAGCAUCGCGCCAGAAACAUAUGGGAUGUAUUCUCGUCAUGGUACGCCCUGGAGCAUCCCAUGAAGACCGAUGGCACUGAGACAAGAGAGACAUACAUGCAGCGGCUCAAGGCCGCAUAUCGCGAGUCAAUUAGCAAAAUUACAGAUAAAGAGAAGAGAGAAGAAGCAAAGAAAAAGUUCAUGGAAUGGCGUAUCGACCAAGAAGAGGCUUAUAUCGAACAUCUUGCCAAGACCGGUAAACUAUCAACCGAGUUCAAUCGCGGCGUGGCCGAGGUGAACAGUCUGGCACGGCACUUGGUUAUCGAGCUUCGAAAUGCUGGCCUGCCCGUCCCCGAGCUUCCGCGCCCUACAAUCAACGGCUACGAGAUACCAUCUCAGAAGCAGGGUGAGAUUGAGAGAGACUGGCACCAGCGCAUCUUCGUCACUAUUAUCAAGCAGAAAUGCGCCGAACUCGGUGUCAUUCUGGAUCGGUUUCCUUGGAACCGAAUCUUGGAGUUCUUGGCGUUGAAGAACCUACGUCUCGUCAACAUGCACCCGCUGUUUCUUUUGAAGAAGACGAAGCAGGGCACGUUUGGCUUCGAAUUUCGCAACGACGACGUUGAAGAUACCGUCAAGAUGAUUGUGGAGCCCUUUAUGGCAGAGAACGUACUGGGCUGCAAAUUCCGUGUCGAGCCGUGGUCGAAAGAGGAAAUCGAUAUGCGCUGGAGUGACAAGGGCAACCUGCCUCUGAUCCUGUGCUGGCCUCUCACAGAUAAGGAAGCCACCGUUCUUCACAACGAGCGCAAGCAGGCCGUCACGUAUUGCCUGAACCAGACCAAGGUCUGGUAUCGACAAGUUGUGAAAGAAAUGGGCGGGGGUGUCAACGACAUCGAGACCGGCGGCCUCGACCUCUACACGAUUGACAACAAUGAUGAUCACGUCGACAGUCACAAGGCAGAAGACGGAGGAUACGAAGCCGGCCAAGAAGCAGGGCAAGGCAACGAUGAUCUUGCCUUCAGCGAGAACAGGGUCGACGACGGAUACUUCGGCGAUUCCUUCGCUAACGACCACGACGAGUUCACGGCGGCGUACUCUAAGGAACCGUUGAUUGGCCAGGAAGAAUUCGGCAAAGUUAGCAAUGACGAAUACGGGGUGGACGACUACGACAAAGACGGCAACAACAACGAGCAUCACCCCGGUUCUGAUGUCCAAGCUGGCCCAUCGGCGGACGGCUCAAAUAGACGACCAGACGAUGGACCGGAAGGUUGGCCAGAGGAUGCGGUAGAUGGCCAAUCAGAGGACGGCGAAGCUGCUAGGAUGGACCAGAGUCGUGGAAGCGAUGGAACUGGGGACUUCGGAUACCAGGACGUGUCGCCAGCACAGAACCGCGCUAACGAAGUCCCGAACGCUGUCCAAGACCACGGCGAGGAUGCAGCCUUGCUCGCUAGCAGGGCUCGCAUGAUGGAGAUGCAAAAGCGCGCGAAGACCACUCAGAAACCUCGUGGCCGGUAUGAGGUUACGAACGGGCUCAACCUGCGCAAUCUAACGGACCGUCAGCCCGUUAACCACCUUUCGAGAGGGGGAGGAGGUGCACUCGGUGGGCUGGAGGACAUCGAUGCAGGACGUCAGCCGAAACGACGGAAGCACGAAGCGGGCAACACAUCGGGAGCCGAAGGAUCGCGGCCAAAGAGUAGGGGUACUACUCCAGGACUGAUCGCCGCUGGGAAUUGGGCCGGGCAAGCAACGAUCCCACAUCGCAGUGAGGCAAGGCCUGUCUACUACCCUGACUCGCGGCGCACACAGUCGGUAGCACCCGUUGCGUUCAACAACACCAUCGAAUUCCCUACCGUAGGCUUCCCCCGGUCGUCAACUCGCGGAUACAUCAGCUUGAAAUACACGGCCCCGCCGUUCAGCGUGCUCAAGAUGCCGAGCAGCGCGGUGGUAGCGCACUACCGGGUUUCCCUGGCGCAAGCCGCGAUGUCUAACGAGAUUACGAGGGAUCCCCGGAUCGAGCCCAUCCUCGAUUUCUUCGGGCCUCUGCGUACCGGAUGGCUGGAGUUCGUGCAAUGCCCUGAUAAGAGGGCUAAUAUUCUGGCCGGGCUCAAGGAAAAGGCUGGCAGACCACCUUUCCACGUCGCCCUGGACCAUCAGUGCCCGAUGUGCAGUUACUAUCUUCAACAAGCUGCCAACAUUAGCAAGGAAAACAUAUACCUGCUGUUGGUGGUGUGCUUUCUCGAUGCCAUGAACUUCAAGUGGGAGGCUGGUGCGCAUGACCUGCUGCAUACACCCGCGGAUAACCAAGCUAUCCCCGCGUCCGCCCCCGACGAAAACGACGGCGAUGUCAAUCGUGGUACUUCAACUGCACCGGAUACUGGUAGUGAGAGGAUCGUGAUAAACGUAUAG